AUGCUCUGCAUUCCGAAAUCGAACCACAAGAAGCUGGUCGACGACUGCUACCCCGCGCCAAAGGCGCUCGCAGCGACCGCACCCGAGUACCGUCCGAACUCGAACGAGCUCGGGCGCCUGUGCUACUAUGCGCAAAACAAGCCGGCCAAGCUGACCAAAGUCGGCCACCUGCUUGCGGCGCGUAGCACGGUGGAGCGCAACGCGAUGCGCUCCGUGCCCAACGACCGCGUCAAGGCGGGGCUGAUGCUCACGAUCGGCAUCCUCAAGGAGCUCGUCGCGUCCUCGCCAGGCGGCCUCACCUACCUCGCGCCGACCGUGCAGACGGUGCUCUGCGAGAGCUUGCAGGCCUCGGCGCCGGGCAGCGGCGGACACGCCGCGUGGGACGCGGAUAUCAGCGGCCGCGCGGCAAGCACAUUUGCGCAGUACGCGCGUGCGCUGCCGACCGGCGCGCUCGAGAUCGACGAGAGCAUUCCGCGCUCCGUGUACGGCGUCCUGGACGAGAUCCAGGUGAUGGUGCGCGGCAACGUCGACGAGCACACGCGCCUCACGGGUCUCGGCGCGAUGGAGGGCAUCGUCCGCUCGCGCGUGCUCUAUUCGAGCGCGUUUCCGGACCUGCUCCAGCGCGUUUUGCCGGGCGUGCUCGACACGGUAAGCCCGGCGCAUUACCCCCUCGAGCAUACGGCCGCGCUUGCGGACCAGGACGGAAACCUCGCCGUGCCGAGCGCCGCGGAAAAGCCGGCAGAUGCAGAGAGCACGACGUCGGCCGCGCUCAUCCUCCUGCGCCAUAUCGUGCAGGGCGCGGACGCGGUGCAGAUUCGCACCAUCAUCCAGCAGACCCUCGCCUGGUUCGACACAAACGGCGGCCAGCAGUGGGCGCACGAGGAGUUUGCCGUGUGGCUCCUGAGCCUCCUGGCGCUCUGGACGCCCCGCGCGUCGCGCUACGCCGUGCCGCACACGCUCGUCGACGUGCUGAGCACGUCGUCGGUCAAGGGCAGCGACCUCCGUGCGACGCGCCUCCUGCAGUCGCUGCACGCGAUCCUCGCGAACAAGAUCGAGAUCGUCGGAUUGAACAUGACCGACGUGCUCGAGGGCCAUAUCCACUUCCUCCUCGCGCACGUCCAGCACAACCCCAGCGACCCGACGGUCGGCGCGACGGCCGACGCGAUCGGCCACCUCGUGCAGUACCGCGUGUACGCCGACCAGCUCACCGACUUUGUGCAGCAAAUCAACGCGCACCUCGUCCGCGUGCAGAGCGCCUCGCCGCCGCUCUCGCCGCAGCAGCGCGACAACUCGCUGCGGGCGCUCCUCUACUGCCAGAUGGCCAUUGUGCGCCUCGCGCACGCCGACCGCGCGCACGCGCUCACGCCGGUGCCACUCCUGGCCUGGCGCUCGACCGAGUCGCUGCUUCUGUCGAGCGACCCGGCGGUGCGCUUCACGUACCUGCAGGCCCUGCUCGUCUUUCUCGAUCUUGCUAGUGACCCACAGCAGGCGCUCGCGCGAGGCGAGGCGUCCUAUGCACCGGACAGCGACUCGCUCAAGUUCCUGCACGCGUUCACGGCCGACGCGUACGUCGUCCUCUCGCGCGAGACGCUCUCGCCGGGCGCGUCGCUCGAGGCGGUGGCCGUCGGCGACGGCCGCUUUGACGUAUCGCAGCUGCGCGCGGUACCGGCCGACUAUGCCGCGCUCCUUGCGGUGCUCGAGGCGCUGUACAUGGUGGCGCCCGCGCCCGCACUCCUCGCCACCGUGCCUGCGCUCCUUGCGCUGGACCGCGUCGCGGCUGCGCCGCGCUCGGAUGCGGCCGCGCUGCCUGCGUGCCGCGCGGCACGCUGGGUCGUAGGCCUCGCUCUCGCCAAGCUCGGCGAGCUGUGGAGCGUGCCCGCGCUCGUGUCCUAUGUCCAGGCACACAUUCUCCAGCCGCUCGGCCACGUCGACCUCGAGCGCCCGACGCUCUCGGCGCAAUUUGGCGCGGCGCCGGCAUUUUCGCGCUUUGGCGCCUCACCGCUCGCUGCCGGCGCGCAGCAGCCGGACGUCGAGACGGUCGCUGAGCACCUUGCGUCGAGCGCGCCGCUGCAGGCUGCGACAAACUGCGACUCCUCGACGCUGCGCGCCUGGCUCCUGCGCAACUGGACGACGUCCGUCGCGGCACAGGACGCGCAGAUCGGCGCACAGCCGAUCGGCCGCGUGGGUGCGACGAGCCCGCAGCGCGGCCUGGCGCGCGCGACGAGCGCGGCGCGCGUGCCCCCGACGCUCCUGCGCGAAGGCUCGAUGAACGUGAGCCAGCUGCGCAUGGCGCUCAUGAACCGCGCGCCGAGCCGCGGCAAUGCGCUUCCGGAGGAAGACGGCGACGUGUCGCUCGGCGACACGCGUUCUACGAUGACGAGCCGCUCGCGCCGCCGCCGCGGCAGCGUGUCGGGCGGCCACGUCGACACGCGCCCGAGCGUCGCGUCGCUCCUAGACAAGUACAAGGUGGGCGGCGAGUCGUACGGCGCGGGCGGCGCUGCGUACGCCGCCACACCGGCCGCGUACGCUCCGACGCAGGGCGCGUACACGAGCCAUGCGCAGGAUGCGUACGCAGCCGGCGCGCCGAGCGCCGCGGCGCGCACGACGCAGGCCGCAGCGUCCGAGGCGCCUGCUGCAUACAGCGCGCAGCCGGCCGAGUACACUACGCCAGCCGCGCCGCUGCCUGCUUCUACGGGCCAGCUCGCACCGGCUGUCGGCGGCGCUGCACCCCUGACCGAUGUUGAGCACCAACUCACCGGCCUUGCUCCGGUCCUCGCAUAG